GGUGUUGGACCGAAUUGAUGUUGGAAAUCGAGUGUCAUUGCUUCUUGUGACUGAAUUAAAGACAAUAUAAUAAGCGCACAUUCUUAAAAGCACGGGAUAAAACAAUAUUAUUAAUUAAUAUUUAUUCGUUUUAAGACGCAUUAGGAAGUAAUAUGUAAGCAUGUAGUUUAAAUAUUGGACUAUUAGUGUUAAGUUAAAUUUUAAUUUAGGUGAUGGCCAGAGACUAGAUGUAUACGACGUACGUAACCACUGCCUGCUACACAUGUAAAUAUCACACCAGUACUGCGAAGACUAUAGGACGUAACCACUGCCUGCUACACAAGUAAAUAUCACACCAGUACUGCGAGGACUAUAGGAUGUAACCACUGGCUGCUACACAAUGCGGACUUGCAAAAAACAGAAUUGUUUAGGGAAGCAACCGAAAAACAACAACAACGAUUUAGACAAUUUAGUAGUGAAUCUAGACCUAAGACUAGAUAUAGAUCUUAGUCUAGUCUGUUAGAUUUUAGAUGUACUAGAAUCAAAAUACGUAUUAUUGUGUUUUCAGUAAGUUUAGAAUAGUAAUUUUUAAUAGAAUAAAUAGUCACCAAGAUAAUCAUCAUGCGUGAAUUUGUCGAUGAAUCUAUUGAACCAGUUGAGUUCAAAUCAACUUGGAAACGAGAAAGGUCAUUGGCAUCUAAUGAAAGUCAAACAAAAGAAAUAAGCCUUCAAGAUGCAGCAACACAGUCAUUUAAAACAUUUAAUCAAGAGGUUCAGAGUGAUUUAAAAGAUGAAAGGUAUUCACUUCAUACUGUUAAUUUAGAUCAUCAAAAAUUAGCUGCUUUUCUUCAGAAGGUUGAGCCCAUGGUAAUGAGGUAUCUUGGAAAAAAUUUGAAGAGUCGAGCUUUUGAUGAUGUCUCUGAUCUAAGUGAGAAAACUUUAGAUACAGUCACAUGUGUACAUACACUAAAUAGCAAUGAUUUAAAUUUACAGUUUCAGGUGACCGGGCUGUCAUGGAAUUCAACAGGAUCUACUUUAGCUGCUUCUUAUGGAAGAUUUGACCAUGAAGAUUGGUGCACACAUAAAGCAGCUAUUUGCACAUGGAAUUUAGACAGACGUUCUGUGAAAGAAGACAAACCUGAUACAUUUAUUGACUCUUCUUGCUGUCUUAUGAGUUUAGAAUUCCAUCCUGCUAACCCAGCCUGGCUUGCGGGUGGAAAUUUUAAUGGGGAAGUAAUUCUAUGGGACUUGAGUCGAGAGGAUGAUCUUGUAUUAGCCACUUCUGGAAUCGGAGAUGAAUCCCAUAGAGAGCCAGUUAGUAAAGUUUACUGGAUUACAGAUCAGAGUCCAAAAAUGAAAAAUUACAAUAUAGUUAGUGUAAGUGGAGAUGGUAAAAUAUUAAUAUGGAGCAUUGAUUUGAAAAAGGGAAAACUAAGGCAACUAAAAAGCUUUUUACUUAUGAAUAAAGAUUUACCAAGAUCCAUGAAAGUCAGAGGUGUGAGAAGUGACAAAGAAGUUGGUGUAACUUGUAUCUCAUUCAGCCAUGAAGAUCCUGAUUUGUUUGUGCUGGGUUCAGAGAGUGGUUGUUUAUUCAAAUGUAGCCUUCAUUCUAAUGAAAGUCACAAGAAAUCAUCUGACCAGGCUUACUCCCCUGUGACCUUCACUUUCAAUCCUCAUCAUGGACCAGUUCAUUCUGUGGACUGUUCUAAAUUUCAUCGACAUGCAUUUUUAAGUUCAGGCAUGGACCAGAGUUUACGUUUGUACAACAUGUUGCAGGCUCCGCCAGUUUUAAUUAUUGAACCAGGUGAAGGUUAUAUAUAUUCAUCCAAAUGGUCUCCAACCCGUCCUGCUAUUUUUGCUGCAGUAUCAGAAAAAGGAAACCUUCUUAUUUAUGACCUUCAUAGUGGCAACAUGACACCUAUCCAUAAACUUGAAGCAAGUCCAAACAAAGUUCCUGUCUACAGCUUACAGUUCAACAGUCAGCAAAAACGUAUUUUAGCAACUGGUGAUGGACAAGGAUACAUCAGAGUCUAUCGAUUACCUGAAAAAUUGACAUCUUUAAUAGUGCAGGAUAAUGAGGUUUUAGAGGAGAUAAUGAAUACUGGUUCGGAUUAAUUGAUAAACUGUGCAAUGCAUGUCUUCAUGAUUACAGAAUUUUAAUCUUCAUUUGACCAUUGCUGGAUUAAACUGCUCUUUAUCUUCUUGCAAUUGGAUUUUUAAAUUUUUUUUUUUUAAAUUUCUAAAGACUUGUAUUUGAUUUGUGAUAUGGAAAACAAAUUAAUUCUUUUUUAUAUAGAAUUGAAAUCAUUGCAGUGUUUUGAAUCUUUCAGUAACCUGAUUAGAAGCAUGUCCAUUUUGUUGCACUGAUUUGAUCAAAAGUCUUACUAGAUAUAGUAUCAUAUCAUGUAGAAGGAUUAUUAUUUUCCUUGAGUCAGAAGAAUAUUUAGCCCAGAAGUGUAGAAUUCUAAGAAGGACUGCUGGAGAUUUGUUAAGGUAGCUUUCAAAUAAUGUAGAUGAUUUAAUCUACUAAUCAUCUAAUUCACACACACAAAAUAAACAAGGCAACAUGUAAGCCCUUCAGACGAUUGCCAGCCCCUAGUACAGACUCUGCCUAUCAUCAAUCCAUGCUGUUCUACAAGAAGUUUGGGCAAGGAUUAAAACGUUUUCUGAAGGAAUGUUCGAAACCUUAUUUUUUUUUAAAAGUACCCCAAUAUGCACAAGGCAGUUACAAAUGUAGUCCAAAGUCCAUGUAGUUGUAAUAGAUACCUAACAGCAUCAUCUGUUGAUAAUUGGUCACAGAGUUAACAACCUCUUGGGGAAAAAACUUUAUCACAGUGUAUGAUACCUUAAAAUUAUUAAGUCUGAUUGAUGAUUCAUUCAUCUUAAAAACUGUAAAUUAUAUGAUUUUGUACAAACCUAUAAAGUCUGAUUUAUUCAUUAUGUAAACUGUAAAUUAUAUGAUUUUGUACAAGCAACACAAUAAUAUGAAUAAAGUAAUAUCAAAAUAAAACUUGACUCAAGACAAAAGAUUCAUAUAUAGCUUUAACUGUAAAAUAGUCAAAAUAAACUUAAUCAUAACAAGCA